GAAGAAAAAUCUAGGUAAAGUUCUGAGGAAAACAAAUCAAGAGUCAGCCUACAGCAGGGAUGGGCAGUCUUUAGCCUAGUCAGAUCUACUUUGUGUUUGUUUAACUAGAAUCUGAAAGAGGUAGGUGCAAAUUAAAGGCUAAGCACACGAGACACAACUAAAGACCAGGGUGCCUCUACAAAUUGACACUGGGAAUUUGUUAAUAGCACCAAAACCUAGCUCACAGUCCUUUCAUAUUUUCUUAAUUUCAGCAGUCUGAUUUAGUCAGAAAAGGGGAUUUUCUUGUUAACCUGUUGCGAGCCAGAAAUCCUUGCUGAUAUACUGCAGAUCAUCCAGAAAUCUACCAGUUAGAUUCAUGUCUACUUUCUGUCCACGCUUGUCCUGGAAGACCAAUGACUGCUAGUUGAGGAGGAACUGCUCUGUGGCCUGUGGUGAUACUUGCAGAAAUCAGUGGGAGGAUCACCUGAUAAUCUAGGACUGAAUUAUAGAAAAGGGCUGUGUUGCCCAGUGGGCAGCAGCCUUACUUGACUUGGAAGAAUGAGAAGGAAUAUACCCGUUUAUCUUAUGGCUCUCUCUGUGGUCGCAGUAAUGGCGUAUCCCUCCAGAAGGGCUACUAUGGAUCUUGAUGCCACUCCUCGUAUGACAAUUGUCUAUAACGAUUUGACUUCUGCAAGGCAUUUUACCAGUCAUGCCCAGAAUUAUACCACCCUCCUGCUGGAAGACGAGAAAGGAAUUCUUUACAUAGGAGCCAGGGGGGCUAUAUUUUCCUUAAAUUCCAGCAACAUUGCUGAUGGCUCCCAUCAUACAAUAGAUUGGAAAGUCUCUCCUGAGAAACGGGCAGAAUGUUUGAAAAAAGGCAAAAACAACAAGACAGAAUGUUACAACCAUGUCAGACUUUUGCAACGACUAAAUGCAACCCAUCUGUAUGCCUGUGGCACAUAUGCGUUUCACCCACUCUGCACUUACAUUGACACCAGGAAGUUCACACUGCCUUCUCACUUUGAAGAAGGGAAGGAAAAAUGCCCAUAUGACCCUGCCCAAGGCUACACAGGGCUAAUUGUAGAUGGCAGUUUAUAUACAGCCACACGUUAUGAAUUCCGCAGCCUGCCAGACAUCCGACGCAACCGGCACCAACGUGUUCUGAAAACUGAAGAAUCCCCCCUGCACUGGCUAAAUGAUGCUGAUUUUGUGGCCUCCGUGCUGGUCAGGGAGAGUGUGAGAAGCCCUAUAGGGGAUGAUGACAAGAUCUACUACUUCUUCACAGAGCGAGCUGGAGAGGAGGGUGCCUCAAUAUUUGACAAGACACAAGUGCCCAGGGUAGCCAGGGUGGCUCGAGUAUGUAAGGUAAAGAGACUGGUGUGGUGCAAAGGCCAGAGUGUGCUAAUGCUUUUUGUUGAUAUAAUAGUAGAUCAUGAAAGAUUAUUCACAGAUUAUAGUUACAAUAGUGAUAGUCAUGAUUAUCUUUUUGAAUGGCAAAAGCCUUCUACAAAUGCUCCACAGUUGUACCCCUUUAACAGGACUCUAGCUGGAACUUGGGCAAAUCUUGGCAGAAUCUCUCUCCUCACUAGAGCAGUCAGAUCACCUCUGCUUUAUGUGGACUCGGGAUUUAGUGAGAAGCGGAAAGUUGCAGAUUUGCUUGAAGGCCAUUUCUCCCUAUCUUCCAGGAGGAGCAUGGAGGUGUCCGCUGUCUGCCUAUACAACAUCUCUGAGAUGCGGGCAGCAUUCCAAGGGACAUACAUGGAAUACCAGGACUCCAGUCGCAAAUGGUCUCAAUACAAUGGAGACGUGCCUGAGCCCCGGCCAGGAGCAUGCAUUACCAAUCGUGCUCGCAAAAGUGGCUACAACUCCUCCCAGGACCUGCCCAACAAUGUGCUGGAUUUUAUCAAACUCCACCCACUGAUGUAUGAAGAGGUGAAACCUGCAAAUGGGGCUCCUCUAUUGGUGAAGAAAAAUGUGAUCUAUACUCAAGUUGCAGUAGACAGAGUGCGGGCCCUUGACGGGAAGGUGUAUGAUAUCCUUUUCUUGGGAACAGGUAAUGGCUGGAUACAUAAGGCUGUAGUCCUUGGUUCUACAGUCCACAUCAUAGAGGAGAUACAGGCCUUCAGAGUUCCCCAGCCUGUGGAGAACCUCAUCAUUUCAAAACAGCAGCGAAAUUUGUAUAUAGGGACCCAGAGUGGAGUCCUACAGUUGCCAAUGUCCACCUGCAGAAGAUAUAUUUCCUGCUUCGAUUGUAUCUUGGCCCGGGAUCCCUACUGUGGCUGGGAUGGUGAGAAAUGUCGAGAACUAGCUGAAACACUGGACAGGUCUCUGCUGAUCCAGGAUGUACUGCAUGGCAACAUGGGCUGCUUGAAUUACUCUGCACAGGCCACACCUGUACAGAAAAACCGGACGGUGCUACGUGGCGAUGAUGUGCUUCUCCCUUGCGAGCAGACAUCCAACCUGGCACGAGCAACUUGGCUGGUGAAUGGCACAGAAGUACUGGCUGAGGAUGGGCAAGGCCACUUUCGCUUGGGGGUGGAUGGGCUGCUGGUGACGAAUAUGCAGCUUGAGUACAGUGGGGAGUACCAGUGUUAUGCCGAGGAGAAUGGCCUCCGGGCCCUGGUGGCUUCCUAUGCCCUCAUCGUGCUUCCUGAGCAGCUGGUGCCGCAGCUGCCCCCCACAAUGGCCCAUCCAUCCUGGCACGCUGCCAGCUAUGCUUAUGGGGAUAUGAAGUUUAUCUACAUUGCAGUCAUAACAGUGCUGGGGGGCUUGUGCUUCGUGCUCAGUGUGGCGCUCCUCUACAUUUCCUGUCUGCAGAAACGCAAGGGCAAGUACAGCCUCAGGGUCCCACAGGCCUCCAGUGUGGAGCUGCAGACUGUUUCCUCAAACUGUGUGGGCAAAGGCAGCCCAGAGGAGGAAGAGGAAGAGGACCUUGGCAUCUUCCCUGACGGCUGUCUUCAGAUCAUCCCUGGGGAAGCCCCCAUGCUGGCAUCCCCGUCCAAGGAUGCUCCUCCCGCCCCACCCCCACCCCCUCCUCCACUGCCUGCUGAGUUCACCAACGGCAUCCCCACCUUGCCCAACAUGCUGCGCAAGAUGAACGGUAACAGCUACAUGCUCCUGCGGCAGAACGAGGAGCCAUGCACUUCACCACUGUACAACUCCUUUACUGAGGAGCUGAGCAAGAUCCUGGAGAAGCGGAAACACACACAGCUGGUAGAAAAGCUGGAUGAGAGCUCCGUGUAGGGGAGGGUCCCAGGGAGCCCACUUUGCUGAACUGAUUCCUCAAAGUCCUCUGUGAUUCCCGCUCCCCCUUCCAACAGAACCAGUGUUAUGACUCAGCAACUACCUCCGGAGCGGCCCUCCGGAGCCGCCACAGACUCCGUGCUCAUUUCCUCUUUUAUUCUGUUCAGUUUUGUUUUGGUUGUUGUCUUUUUGUUGGCGUUGAUUGUUUUGUUUUCCAAUUACUGUAAAAAAGAAAAAUCUAUUUAAAUGGGAAUUAUAUUUAUAUAUAAAAGGAUAAUCGAUAAACAGGAUCCACAAAGA